AUAGAAACAUACGUAAAAUUUUGUCAAACGGUAAGUUAAAGUUGUGUUUUAAUGUGAUACACGUAUCAAUACUUUCUCAACUGCCAUAUAAUGGUCAUGCAGUGAUAUGAUUCAUGACACUACCGAUCGGAAGCGCGGAACCUGAAGCAGGCGAAGCGAAAAGUAUUGGCAUCUAUAUCCACAACAGGAACAAAAAAUAUCCUGAAGUUAGCACUAAACAUGUGAGGACAGCAUCCUCCUAACUUUGAUAGACAUUUGAUCCGCCUAUUUAUUAAACGAUGUGAACUUGGGUACACAAGAUCUAAUAUGGAGAUAUACAUGUCCAUAUGCUCGUAUUCGAAUCUACGCUAUUUGGACCAAAAAUUUCAAGUUUCAUAGCUUUAGCAGUAAACAACCACAACAUGGGUAGAUAUAGUUCUAGCCCUGAGGUCCGUCGAAGGAGAAGCUCUUCUACCAGUACGGAAUCUUCCAUGGACUCGGAUGACAGCUCAUAUAACAGAAAGAGGUCAAGGUCAAGGGACCGAGAUCAAGGAAGGAAAACAAAGAAAAACAGAUCAAGAUCAAGAUCAUUUGAUAGAAAAAGACAUUCAAGGUCAAGGUCAUAUGAUAGAUACAGGGACUCACAUUCUAGAUCCAGUUCACCAGUCAGAAAGAAAAGGUCAAGGUCAUUUGAUAAAAGGAGACGAUCAAGAUCGAAAUCUUUUGAGAGACACAGAAAUACGAAUGGGAAAAUGUACUUGGACAAAAACUCUGCUCAGUCACCACGGAGAUAUAGGUCAAGGUCACCUCUCCAUGAACCAUCAUCUAGAGGGGACAUAUACUGCCAUGACGACAGAACUUCUACUCAGAGAUUCAAUAGAGAAGAAGGGGGCGGAUCCAAGCCUUUUCAUGGUUAUGGUGGAAUGGGUCGCUACAACAGAGGUCACAAUGGUAUGCUGCCGGACUUUUUUGACAGACGAAGAGAAGAAAGAGAAAGGAUAGGGGAGAUUGGGAUUCCGGAAUGUUGGGUGCAUUCACCUACACACGCCCACAUAACAGACUCCGAGUCCGAAUCUGAGAGUGGGGACUCUGCAGGGAAAAGUGACUCUUCUUCAGAUGACAGAAAAAAGAGAAGCAAAAAGAAAAAGAAGAAGGAGAAAAAGCACAAGAAGAAAAGUUCUAAGAAUAAAAAGAGCAAGAAAAAGAAAUCAAAGAAACAGAGAAAGAAAAAGGCAGAUUCCAGCGCCAGCGAAUCAGAAAGCGAGGAAGAAAUGUGGCUGGAGAAGACAGUGGACAUGGGGGAGGAGGAGGAAGAUGUUGUUGGUCCUCAGCCAUACCAACCAGAGAAUUCAGUCGCAAGAAUGGACUAUGGUAAAGCCUUGUUACCGGGUGAGGGUGCAGCUAUGGCUGCCUAUAUUGCUGAGGGAAAGAGAAUCCCGAGGAGAGGAGAAAUUGGCCUUACCAGCGAUGAAAUCGAUAACUUUGAGAAAUCUGGCUAUGUCAUGAGUGGAAGCAGACAUCGUCGAAUGGAAGCCGUUCGAUUGAGGAAAGAGAACCAGAUUUACAGUGCAGAUGAAAAACGAGCUUUGGCCAACUUCAAUCACGAAGAAAGAUCCAAAAGAGAAAAGAAGAUACUGACGCAGUUCAAAGAUAUGAUAAAAAAGAAAACGGAACACAACCACUAGUGCUCGCAGGGGACUGCUGGAAUGAUUGUAUGAUUUAAGGAUUUCCUACGGUUGAGAUACAGUGAAAUUGAACUAUUUAUAAAAUUAUUAAAAUAUUUUAUAAUUGAAUUAGAAAGUGGUGUUAAAACAUAUAGAACCUAGGGAAGAAUAAUGACGACAUUGAUUGUGCAUAGAUAAGAAAAGAUAAGCUUGUUUGGUAAUAAUUUAAUUUCAUUAAUGUAGUUUGAUUGGUUUGUUUGACUUUAUUAGCAUUCUUUUUAUCGUAUAAACUGAGCUGCUCUUUAAAUCGUGACAUCUUAGGAAUGACAUCACAAUAGUAGCUCCUCUCUUUCCAUUUUGUUGCUAUAGUAAUUAAGCUCUGGGUCAAAUCAAAUUCAAAAUUUCUUCAGAAUUAUCCAUUAAAUUACAUUGAUUAUGCAUUUUACUUAAUCAUAAGGAAUGAAAGUAUUCAUUUUAUACGAUAUACAUUUAAAUUUGCAUAUUUCAAAUACAUGAUAAUGUUAAAUUGUUGAAUAAUAUGAGCACUGCACACAAAAAAUAACAUUUCUUUUACAUGCAGAUUUUUUUCGAGACAUCUGAUUACGGUGUUUUUCUUCGUUGAAUAAACCAGUAAUGCAAUCUGUGUAUUCUGUACUCCAGCAAUACAGUAAUCCGGUAUCAAGUUUUCUCUCAAAUCUAUUUAUAGAUUUAAACCAGAGUACCGCAAACAGUACAACAUAUUAUUAGUGAUGAAACGAUUGUCACCGACAAUCGAUUGUCGAUCGUUUUUGGCUCUUCGAUUCCGAUUAUCAAUUCUAUUUUUCAUAAUCGAUUGUCGCCUGUACACUAAUUAAUAUUUAAUCCGAGAUUCAUCUGACUGUUACUCCCGCUUUUAUAUCGAGACAUGUGCGGGGGAGAGUCAGAGUGGACUCCACAUUGAAAAUUGGGAAUUCAGUGACACCAGCUAGUGUGUAUACUGCACAUAUCCAUAAAACUAAAAAUAGAAAUAACUCCAAAAAUAAUAAACAUUACUUCUAUAUGUAAAUACCGAUUACAUUGAUCAUUGAUCGAAACAGUUCUUUCGAUUAUGACCGAUUAUCGAUUAUGAAAUUUUCUCGAUUUUUCAACACUACAUAAUUAUGUAUUUUGAUGAAAGCUAUUAAAACUGUUUGCUUUAUUGAAUGACAA